AAAAAUAUCUUUAUAGCUAGACUAUGUUUUAUUUUUAGAAAUAUAAAAAUAAUUAUUUUAAUAUAUUAACUCAUUAAAAAAAGGGGAAAAGCAAUUAAGUAUCCAAGCUUCUUCUCCGUCUCUCUCCCUGUUAUAGACGGCGGUUCCUCUCUCUCUACAUUACAAAACCAGGCUCCACGUACCAAACAAAAUAUCCUCUCCCGGAAUUCAUACACACACCACACGAGAUGUCAAACACUCAUCUUCACACCAUUUUCACACCUCAAAUUCUAGUUUGAUUACCGUUUCUCAUUCCUCAAAAUAUACAAGCCCAAGCCCCAAUUAUAACUCCAUGACUAUGGAUUCCAAAUUGAUCAAACACAGCAAGGCGUUUCCGAAACCCUCGCUGCUGAAAGAUUACUUGAUGGACGACAUGAGCUCCUGCUCGUCCAACGGCUUCAAAUCGUUCCCGAGAAAGCAAUGCUGCCCCAGCACCGUCCGAUUCCUCGUCGAGAUCGACCUCAACCUCAACCAGCAGAAGAAAUAUUUCAUUAGAAAUAUCUCAACCAAAUCCGCCGCCUCCGCGUUUCACAGAUUCAUCGCCGCCGUCAAACGCCUCCCCUUCGGCUCCUCGCCGGAGAAGAAGCCGAUCCUACCGCGCAACCUGUCCAGGAAAAUCAUCAGGAAAAGUAUUUUCUGGAAGAGGAAAUCCAGCUACAAGGAGAUCCAACGGCUAAAAUCGUUCGAUCAGCUGAUGAAGGAGGACUCUCCGCCGUUGGAUGUUCCCAGCGAUGGCACCGCGCCGGACGCGUUUUCCACCGGUAAUUCUUCUUCUCAUGAAGUAAAAUUGAAUUUUACUGAGGUCAAAAGAGAGGAAGAAGAAGACGAUGACGACGAUGCGUUGGAAAACGGCGACGUUUCGGCCGAUUCAACUACCGGCGGCGCAACCAAAUCCUCCACAGAGGAGAAACAGUGGUCAGUUAGUGAAGAGAAAGAACAGUUUAGCCCAGUGUCAGUGUUGGAUUGUCCGUUCGAUGAUGAUGAAGAGAUUUCCUCUCCUUUUCAACACAUGCAAGGUAGUAGGAAGCCAAAGAAUGAGAGGUUUGGAUGUGAUGCUGCGGUGGAUCCCCUCAACCUAAGUAAACGGUUUGAAUCUACAGAAGAAGACGAAGACGAACCAGAAGAGUACGAGGCGAAGCCAGCAGAGCAGAAAGCAAUUGAUUUAUUGCAUCAAGUGAUGGACACUAAGGCUGCAGACAGCAGGCUUCUGCUGGAUUUCUUCAUAGAGAAAACAAUCUCGAUGCGAUGGGGAGACGAUGAUCUGAUACGAGAAGCAGAGAGGUGGAUCAACAGCAGCACAACAACAUUAAUCCGCGACGCGUUUCUUGGAUGGAACAGGAAUCCUUACGUGGAGGAAUCGAGGGAGUGGAGAUGUUUUGAUGGAGAGAUUGGGGAGAUGGCGUUGGAGUUGGAAGGUGUGGUUUUUGAAGCAUUGUUUGGUGAGUUGGUGGUAGAUAUCUCAUCUGCACUCACCAUCGUCUGAGGAAGUCGGAAGUGAUGAGGUUGUUUUGGUCAUUCUAGUGCUGGGUUGGAUAUGCUUAGAAUGACUAAAACCACCUUUGAGAUAUACUUGCAUUGCAUGUCUUUUUUAUAUGAGAAAAUUUCGAAUUGAGAGUUGUCUUUUGCGACACUGACUCGACGCAUAUACGGCUUUCUCUUUUGAUCUUGUCAAAUUUCUUGCAACCUUCGACCCCACAUUUCACUAGCUAAAUCGCGUACAUCAAUUGGUUCUAUAUAUUCUUGGACACUUUUUGAUUUAUUUAAUUAAAACUUUAAGAGAUAAUUUAUUUUAA